CCAAAAUUACGUGCUGGGGUUUCUUAUUAAGGCCUGCCCUUGUGACUGUGUCUGGCGAAUCUGAUCUUGACAAGUUUGCUCUAUUACGUUGCAAUACGAAGCUCAGGGAACUCGAUUGCAUUGAGGGCGCCGCUAACGGAGUCAUCUCUGCUUGGUAAUUGCUGGCCGGUGAGCAGAAUGGGGUAAUCCUGAGAGGGCGCUAACAAGUCUAAAUACCCGAUUCACCGUAAUUGCGGGAAAGCAACACAACACAUCGCAAAACAACUGAUCUUAAUUGGGGCCAAGAGAAGAUAGCUGGCAUCGCCAUCGCAGAGUAUUAAUAUGAGCUUUGGCCCUGGAGGAAUCGUCGCUGAAUCCUUGAGUCUCUGAGACAACGUUUAACAACUACAGCUAAUCUAAUCCUGUCUGCUGCCGCCCGUCUCGACAAUGGCGACAUCUACGGCCACAGAGACUCUUCACACUACAGAGGGCGGUAUUCCAUUGGAAAUUCUUCCACCCCAGGCGGCCUUCAAAGGCAGUCGUGCCUCUAAGAACUCAUUUGAAAAUGCUCCCAUUCUCGAGCCCGCACUCACUCGCGAAGCCUCGACCCCUCCGGACGACGCCUUUGAGGCAAAGGUGAAAUGGAACUCGCCUCCUAUCAACAAGUACCGUGUCUUUUCCACCUUUUGGUCCUUUUUCGUUUUGGGAAUGAAUGAUGGCUCGUACGGUGCUCUAGUUCCUCAGUUGGAAACUCAUUACAAUCUAACUUACACCGUUGUCUCGCUCAUCUUUCUGUCGCCAUUCGUCGGAUACACCAUGGCGGCCUUUGUCAAUAGUCCCCUGCAUGUCCGCCUCGGCCAGCGAGGCGUAGCCAUGAUUGCACCGGCGUUCCGUCUGAUUCCCUAUCUAGUUAUCUCUUUCCAUCCGCCAUUUCCCGUUCUCAUUGUUAUGUAUAUCCUCGUUGGUUUCGGCAAUGGCGUCGUGGAUGCUGCGUGGAGCGCCUGGAUCGGCAACAUGGCCAACUCGCAUGAGGUGUCAGGCGUCCUGCAGGCCUGCUACGCUUUGGGAGCAACGAUAGCUCCCCUGAUUGCCACCAGUAUCAGCUCACAUGGACACGGGGGUUGGUGGACGUUCUAUUACAUCAUGGUCAGCGCCUCGGCACUCGAAUUCGGUGCAUCCACCACCACAUUUUGGACUCAGACAGGCUCAGUAUACCUGAGUGAAAAUCCUCACCAGAAGGCUGGCGAAGACACUACCUCAGGACGAACGAGGGAAGCUCUCAAGAACAAGCUCACUUGGUUUUUCUCUCUCUUCAUCUUCUUGUACGUCGGCACCGAGGUGUCCAUUGGUGGUUGGAUUGUCGUCUUCAUGACAAAAGUGCGCAACGCCUCUACGCUUGCCGGUAGCGCCACUGCUACUGGAUUCUGGGGCGGCAUGACUGUAGGAAGACUUGUCCUAGGAUUCGUCACCUCCCGGCUGGGCGGCUUUCGGGCUAUGCUCUUGUAUCUCGGGCUAGCUAUUGUCAUAGAGUUGGUCUUCUGGCUCGUCCCUAACAUGGUAGUUACCGCAGUGGCAUCUGCAUUGCUGGGCAUGAUUUUGGGACCCAUCUAUCCCACGGCAGUGGUGCUUAUGACUACAGUUUUACCACGCUCCCUCCAUAUCAGCGCCAUUGGAUUUGCGACGGCCGUUGGAGGCUCUGGCUCAGCUGCUCUGCCCUUUGCCGUCGGUGCCAUUGCACAAGCAAAGGGCGUCAAGACACUGCAGCCCAUUGUUCUCGCAUCUUGUGUUGUAAUGCUGGCAGUAUGGCUUUUCGUACAGCAGCAUCGACCGAAAGACAAGGAGGAAGGUUUUAGUAUGGCCAUCUUCAAGCGGAUGCGUGAGAGGGUUCAGAAGAUGAUCCGCUGAAUCGAACGGUUGAUCCAAUAAAGGAGGCAUGCAGUAUCAUAUGCCACUAAUAUGAUUGAUAGCACCUAUAGGUAGAACUAGGUUGGCAGGCUUGGUUUGUCUCUACAUGCUACAGAAGCUGCUAGGAAGACGUUUAACUUGGAGUAUCACAGUACUCAUGGAGAAGGCGUGUUAUCGUUCUACACAUCAGUUCAGGCUUUUCCUUCAAUGUACAUAUUAUCACAGAAUAAUUUUGAACCUAGUUUAAAACAGAAAAUCUAAAUUGAGUGUGUGUUUGGC